UUACUGCCAAGGGCUUUACAACAAGCGUAGCCUUUGGAAACAUUUAAAGAACUGUCCUCUGAAACCUAAAGAUGAUGAAUCCAAGGGCAGGAAAAGAGUCCGAUCACUCUGCGCUCUGAAAACUCCAGUUGGUUUAGAAGUGAGCAAAGGUUUAAAGAAUAUACUUUCCAUUAUGAACUAUGAUGAAGUUUCCCGUGUUGUUCACUCUGACUGCUGCAUCAUGCAACUGGGGGAGCACAUGUUUAAUAGGAUGGGAUCUGAUGUUAAUAAACAUGACUACAUCAGACAGAAGAUGAGAGAAGUUGGCAGACUUCUUCUUGAAGCAAGGAAGAUUACUCGGCUAAGAUCUAUGGUGGACUUCAUCAUUCCAGCAAAUUUCAAACAAGUCAUUUCAGCUGUUAAAGUUGUAUCUGGCUAUGAUGAAGAGAAAAACUGCUACCGCAUUCCCUCUCUAGCUCUCAAACUUGGUCAUUCUUUAAACAAGAUCUGUAGUAUUGUUGAGAGCAAUGCCAUGAUGUACGGAGACCAUCAACGUGCUGAGUGUGCUCGAGACUUCAGAAAAAUACACCAGGCAAGAUGGAACGAAUACAUUUCUGCUGGUGCUUUAACUACUUUAAAAGAAGCCAAGUGGAACACGCCUCAGAUCAUUCCUUUCACUCAAGAUGUCAAAGUUCUGCAUGCACAUCUGGAAAAGAAACACAAACAGUUCCUAAGCAAGCUCAGAAACUGCCCAUCGGCAAAAAGCUAUUCAGCUCUUGCUAAGGUCACAUUGACGCAAGUCAUCCUGUUCAACAGAAGAAGAGAAGGUGAGGUAUCACGAAUGCUUUUGGCAGCUUUUAAAAGCAGGGAUUCUUCUGAGCUACAUGAAGACCUAGCGAUCUGUCUUUCGGAGUUCGAGAGAAAGUUGUGUCUGCACUUCACCCGAGUUGAGAUCCGUGGUAAACGAGGGAGAAAGGUUCCUGUGCUUCUCAAGCCUUCAAUGGUUUCUGCCAUGGAGCUGCUUGUUGAAACACGUGAGGUUUGUGAAGUCCCAGCUGAGAAUCCUUUUCUGUUUGCCAGAUCAGGAGCAAUGCCUGCAUACCGAGGAGGAGAGUGCAUUUACAGAGCUGCUCAGGAAUGUGGCAUAAAGAAUCCAGAAGCACUGUCAUCAACUAAGCUGAGGAAACACAUAGCAACCAUGUCAAAAAUCUUGAACCUUGAUGAGAACGAAGCAGAUCAAUUGGCUGAUUUCCUCGGUCAUGAUAUCAGAAUCCACAGACAAUAUUACCGCUUACCGGAGGGGACGCUGCAGCUGGCAAAGAUGAGCAAGGUCUUGUUAGCAAUGGAAAAGGGAACACUCUCAGACUUCAAAGGAAAGACGCUUGAUGAGAUUGAAAUUGACCCAAAUGAACAAUUUGAACCCCUCGUUAAUGAUAUGUCAAGUGAUGAGGAGGAUUGCAGCGACCCAUCUCAGUCAGCAUCCCCAGAAGAGACGGCUCAACUGUCUGGAUCACAAAAGGAUCAAAGUUCUUUAAAGGCUCCAAAAAGAAAAUGGGAGGACAUUGAGGUAAAAGCAAUAGAAAGGCACAUGAUGAGGUUCAUCAAGACAUGCAAAGUUCCUGGUAAGCAAGACUGUGAAAGAUGCAUUGAAGCAGAGCCAGAGGCUUUGAAGGAGCGAACAUGGACUGGCCUGAAAAACUAUGUGCGAAACAGGAUCACAACUCUCAAAAAAAAGGGUGCUUUGUAGCCGUGUAGAAGUAAAAUGACUUUUCAAUAUUCAGCACUUUUUUGAAUUUUGUUUCAUAAGCUGUUCACCACUAUGUGUUUAACACUUUUUCAUUUUCUCUUGAAAAAACAGUUGUUAAAAGUAGAAGUGAAAGGGAUGAAGAGGGAGGAGUGAAAGUGAAGUAGACGGAAAAGAGGGAGGAGUGAAAGUGAAGUAGACGGAAAAGAGGGAGGAGUGAAAGUGAAGUAGACGGAAAAGAGGGAGGAGUGAAAGUGAAGUAGACGAAAAGAGGGAGGAGUGAAAGUGAAGUAGACGAAAAGAGGGAGGAGUGAAAGUGAAGUAGAGGAAAAGAGGGAGGAGUGAAAGUGAAGUAGAGGAAAAGAGGGAGGAGUGAAAGUGAAGUAGAGGAAAAGAGGGAGGAGUGAAAGUGAAGUAGAGGAAAAGAGGGAGGAGUGAAAGUGAAGUAGAGGAAAAGAGGGAGGAGUGAA